UACCAAAUGGCAGAAAAGAAUUUCACAGCUGUUACUGAAUUCAAUCUUUUGGGACUGACAGACCGUGCUGACCUGAAAAUUAUAUUUUUUGUGUUGUUCUUGGUGAUUUAUGCCAUUACCUUGGUGGGGAAUCUGGGCAUGAUCUUCAUAAUCCAAAUCACUCCCAAGCUCCACACACCCAUGUACUUUUUCCUCAGCUGCCUCUCAUUUGUAGAUGCCUGCUAUUCAUCUGUUAUCGCACCAAAAAUGCUGAUCAGCUUCUGGGUUGUGAGGGAAACCAUCUCAUUCUCUGCCUGCAUAGUGCAACAUUUGUGUUUUGGGGUGUUUAUCACCGCAGAAGGCUUCUUGUUGUCAGUGAUGGCCUAUGACCGUUAUGUGGCCAUUGUCAACCCUUUGCUUUACAAUGUAGUCAUGUCUAAGAGGAAGUGUGUAGGGAUGGUCAUUGGGUCAUUCAUAGGUGGAAUGAUUAACUCAUUGACACACACAAUAAGCUUGGGCAGACUGUCUUUUUGUGGGUCCAAUGUUGUCAGCCACUUCUUCUGUGACGUUCCCCCACUCCUAAAGCUGUCAUGUUCUGAUACUUCCAUGAACGAAUUGUUGCUCUUAACCUUCUCUGGAGUCAUUGCCAUGGCCACCUUCUUGAUUGUGAUCAUUUCCUACAUGUUCAUUGUUUUUGCUAUCCUGAAGAUCCGAUCAGCAGCAGGCAGACAGAAAGUUUUCUCCACCUGUGCCUCCCACCUGACUGCUGUGACCAUAUUCUAUGGUACCUUAAGCUUUAGUUACAUACAGUCAAGUUCCCAGUAUUCCGUAGAACAGGAGAAGGUGGUUUCUGUGUUCUAUACACUAGUGAUUCCCAUGUUAAACCCACUUAUUUACAGUCUGAGAAACAAAGAGGUAAAGGGUGCCGUGGGAAGGGCCAUAGAAAUAAAACAUUUCUCCUGUUAA